CAUCAGCACGGUGACAGUUACAGGUGUGACAGGUGUGACGCACGUCACUGAUAGUCGGACAGUCAGUCCCAAGACGACGCCAUCAGCAGACUGCACGCAGACUACAAUGACGGCCCACGUGACAUCAUGGAGGUCAGCAGGUCGUCUUGGACUCUUCUACAGCGCGCUCGUCGUCCUGCUGCACCCACCUGCCCCUGCAAGUGGGGGGCCGAGCAACCUCACGAUGGGCAUUUUCCUGCCACUGACCGGGGCCAAAGUCCUGAGCAAAGAGGGGCUGGCGGUGGUCAAGUGGACGGUGGAGCAGCUGAACAGGGACCCGACCUACACAGAGCUACGAAAACAUUCUCUUUUCUUUAACUACCUUCUGGAGGACACCAAGUGUGACAGUGACGAGGGGGUGUACCGCUUUUCUCAGAUGAUCUCAUUGCAGACACAGGCAGCAUCACGCAUCGAUGCCAUUAUAGGUCCAUCGUGUGAUGACGUGUGUCGGCUGCUGGGUGGCCAGGCGCGUAUCUGGGACGUACCCUUGAUCAGCUUUGGGUGCGAGAGCUCCAUCUUGUCGGACCGCCGUCGGUACCCGACUUUCCUACGCACCACUGGCACCUUUGAUGAGAUGCAGCAGUUCAUCGAGAAGAUUCUGACUCAUUUCGGGUGGAACCGCCUGACGCUGGUGCACGGACAGGACACCGUGUGGCUGGAGACCUCCGACGACUUUCAGGCUCAGUUUCAGACUCACAACUUUGAGACCAGGCAGUUCUCCUUGAAUCAAGAUAAGAACCUCUCUCUCAGUCUCCAGGAGGAGGCCAUCGAAACACGAGUAUUCGUGUUGUGCGCAUAUGGAAGUGACGUCAUAACUUUUAUGAGUACGGCCUUUGAUCUUGGCCUGACUAAUGGCGACUACGCAUUUAUCAGCAUAGACUUCGGCAACAUGGUCAAGCGAAUCCCCGACUGGCCAGGAGAUCCCGCCAUUUUUAACGGACUUCUGGAUAUCACCAUAGACGUUGCUCCAGAACGAGAUCGAUACGUCAUCUUCAUGCACGACAUCUUCAAUGCUACUGACCUGAUGGUCUCUUCAGACUGCGCUAGUGGCUAUGAGAUGGGCAUUCAUGGAUCUCUGCUGUCGGACGCUAUCUCGCUGUACGCCAAGGCUGUCAACUCCUGCCUGGCUGAUGGUUCGGAUCCUACUAAUGGCACAAGCCUGGCACAACACCUGUACGGCACCACUAUAGACGGUGUGUCAGGACAGGUGCGGAUUGGUGAAAACGGUUCCCGUGUGGCCACCUUCAUGUUGCACAACAUCCAGAAAGGCUGCUAUGUCCAGGUCGCCAGGUUCAGUCCCAGCCGAGAGAUGAGACUAAUAGCAGGAAGCCCCAUAGUCUGGCCGGGCGAGGUGACUGUCCCCCCACGCGGCAGCCCCGUGUGUGGCUGGAACAAUGAGCUGUGCCAGGAGGACGGAUAUCAGCGCUUGGUUUUCACCAGUUCCGCCAUCUCGGCCACUGCCGGCUUCAUGGUGGUGUCGUGUGUUGUCUCCUACCUGUACCUCAAGAGGAGAGCUCAGCUACAGAAAAUCAGCAGCAAGGACUGGAAGAUUCCAUUUGCAGAACUAAAAACAUGGAGAGAAGGAGAAGGGCAGCGAAGCAAUGGAAGACUGGGCAGCGGGGCAGACAUGGGGCACUCACGGGCAUCCCUCCGCUCCAAGGGUUCUGUGAUCCCUGUUUGUAAGCAGGAUGAGGACGUCUUCCUGUACAAAGGCGAGCUGGUGAUGGCCAAGAGAAUUCAUAAAAAAUACUUGGCUGUGUCUUUCAGCCUCACCAGAGAAAUAAAUCAGAUUCGUCAGUUGAACCACCGAAAUGUCAAUCCUCUUAUCGGCGCAUGCGUGGAACUUAACCAGGUCCGCGUGAUCAGCAUGUACGCGCACAAAGGCUCCCUCUACGAUGUCAUCCACAGCUCCAGCAUCAAGCUGGACGCCACUUUCCUCGUGUCUUUUGCAAUGGAUAUUUGUAAGGGCAUGACGUACGUACACACCAGCCCUGUAUGUUACCAUGGCAACCUCAAGUCUAGUAACGUGCUGGUGGACAGAAGCUGGACCUGCAAAGUCGGCGAUUUUCGUAUGUUUUACCUGCGAGAAGGGGAGGUACUCACCGCCGACCCCACAGAUGUGGCCAGAAGACAGUUCUGGACAGCGCCGGAAGUUUUACGAGAAGAGAGGCUGGAUGAUGUCGGGUGGCAGAAGGCUGAUGUGUACUCGUACGGAAUCAUUCUGUACGAGCUGCUGUCGCGGAAACACCCGUAUGACAACUACUGGGACGAUGAGCCCCAAGCGGUCAUAGCGGAGGUGGUGAAGCAGCAUCUGUUCAAACAGCCGCCAUUCCGCCCCCACCAGGAGGCUGGCUCCGGGCUGGCUGACGUCACGGCCUGCAGGCCGAUGCCAGCGGCUCCUUCAAGACCAUGGAGGGUCUGAUGCUGCAGUGCUGGGAGGAGCGGCCAUUGCUGAGACCCAACUUUGAGCACGUGCUGCGCCAUCUCAAGCCGCAUGGAAAGAACGACAUCAUCGACAACCUCACCCACAUGUUCACCAAGACCGAGGACCAGCUAGAGCAGCUUGUUCGUGAACGAACUCAGGAGCUGGAAAAGGAGCGAGACAGGACCCGCUCCCUGCUCCGUGAGAUGCU